UAAUAGCGUGUCACAACUUAAGGACGGUUCACUUUGUUGCAGCUGUGUUUUGACACACUAGUUAGUGCAGUAGUACAGGCUCAUGGACGCAGCUUAUAAGGCUUACUUCCUUGUGUUUAGAGAAUAGAGGAACUGAGAACCCCUGGUCAAGUAAAGCUGAUAGGAAAAGCUUUUAGUGUUUUAACCAAAUUUUGUGACUUCUUCCUGAAUUUAAAAUGUGAAUUUGAGCGUUGAGAGAAAAGAAAAAAGACUGAACUUCGAACGUGACCACUAUUUUCCUUUGGACGCGGUUUUUGUGACUGAAGCCAAGAUGGCAGGGCGACACGCAGACCUGACGGAGUAUCAGAAAAGUCUGAUAAAACGCUACCUCGAGAGUGGCAUCAUAAUGACCGUGUACAGGCAGAAAAUGGAGAGGCUAAGUGUCCAGGUCAUUAUGGAGACCAGGCAGGUGGCAUGGACACGCAUUGCUGGCAAAAUAGACGGAGUGUUGGACCUAGCGGAGAUCCGUGAGAUACGUCCAGGAAAAAACUCCAAGGACUUUGAAAGAUUGAAAGACAGCAAGGACAAACACGGAGACAACACGUGUUUCACAAUUUUCUACGGUUCCCAGUUUGUCCUUAAUACCCUCAGCCUGGGUGUGGACUCCGUAGAAGAUGCAGAGAAAUGGCUUCGAGGACUGGAGCUGCUUAGAGAAGAGACACUGCAAGCUUCUACACCGCAAAUUAUAGAAAGUUGGCUGCGGAAGCAGAUGUACUCUGUUGAUCAGACCAAGAAAAACAGCAUGACACAGAAGGAAGCUAAGUCUCUGUUGAAUCAGAGCAACUUUAAAUUACCUGGAGGACGAUUUCUGAAGGACAGAUUCACGGCUGUUGGAGGGAAGAAAGACGUCCUUGACUUUGAGCAGUUUCACAAGUUCUAUAAUGAGUUAAUGUUUGAAAACCAGAAGACGAUAUUGGAUGAGUUUAAAAGAGAGUCUUGUGCCUUCAUCAUGGGUAACACAGAUAGACCAGAUUCCUCCGCGGUUCUCUUAUAUGACUUCCAGCGAUUCCUUCUCUGUCAGCAAAAAGAAACUUGGGCUAACAACAUUAACCAGGUGCGAGAGCUAAUGACAACUUUUAUUGAUGACACGAUGAGAAAGACCAACGAUCCAGAGUUCACAGUUGGAGAGUUCCUCAGUUUUCUGUUCUCUAAAGAGAACUCCAUUUGGGACGAGAAGUUCUCUGAAUUGUCUACCUUGGAAAUGAACAACCCUCUGUCUCACUACUGGAUCAACUCGUCUCACAACACCUAUCUGACUGGUGAUCAGAUACGCAGCGAGUCUUCUACAGAGGCCUACGUGCGGUGCUUGAGACUGGGCUGCCGAUGCAUUGAGUUGGACUGCUGGAAUGGGCCAGAUGAGCCCAUUAUUUACCAUGGAUGGACAAGAACCACCAAGAUUAAGUUUAAAGACGUGGUGAAGGCUAUCAACGACCAUGCCUUUGUAACAUCUGAGUAUCCGGUUGUGCUGUCUAUAGAAGAGCACUGUGAUGUGAAGCAGCAGAAAAUUAUGGCGCAGUACUUCAGAGAAGUGUUCCAGGACAAGCUGCUCACCGAACCUGUGGAGCUGGAAGCAGAGCAACUGCCUUCACCCACCCAGCUCAAGGGCAAAAUCAUCAUCAAGCAUAAAAAGCUGAAUAUUGGAGAGACCUUUGGAAGGAAAGAUCUGUCCAGAGGAGAAAAGCAGGGAGAGCUGUUCAUCUGGGACCCUAUUGACGAGACAUGGUAUAAACACUACUGUGUGAUCUCCAGAAACAAAUUGUACUAUGCGGAGGAGAAUGAACCAGAUGAAGAGAGUUUGAAGUCUGUUAACAGUGUGGAUUUGCACCGGUCGGAGCCUUGGUUCCACGGGCGUCUGGCUGAGGGCAGGCAGAGCGCUGAGAGACUGCUGCAGGAAUUCUGUAUGGAGUCUGGGGGCAGAGAUGGAACUUUUCUUGUGCGAGAAAGCGACACCUUCGUUACUGACUUUACGUUGUCCUUCUGGCGUAGCGGGAGAGUACAGCACUGCCGGAUCCGUUCAGCCUCGGAUGGGAGCCAUAUUGCAUACUUUCUGACAGAGAACCUGCACUUCCCCAGCGUGUAUGUUCUGAUCCAGCACUACAGAGAGAACCCGCUCCGUUGCCACGACUUCAACUUGCGCCUCACUGACUUUGUGCCACGGCCCAACAUGCACCUUCACGAAGGGUGGUUUUACAGUAACAUGAGUCGAGGUGAGGCAGAAGACAAUCUCCUGAGGAUCCCUCGAGACGGAGCCUUCCUCAUAAGACAGAGGGAAGAGCCAGAUUCUUACGCCAUCACCUUCAGAGGUGAAGGCAUGGUGAAGCAUUGUCGUAUCCACAAUGAAGGAUCCAUGUAUGUGUUGGGUUCCUCUAGCGAGUUUGAGAGUCUGGUAGAGCUGGUCAACUACUACCGCAAGAAGCCUCUUUACCGCAAGACCAAACUGCGCUACCCAGUCACACCAGAGCUAGUGGAGCGCUUUAGCAUGACGGACAAAUCUGCUUCAAUUUAUGACAGCAAGCAGUAUGUGGAGGCCAAUGAAAUCGAAGCAGCUAUGCCUCAGAGCACGGUGAAAGCUCUCUACGAUUACCGGGCCAUGCGGCAGGACGAGCUCAGCUUCUGCAAGGGUGCUCUGAUCCACAACGUGACCAAAGAGAGCAGUGGAUGGUGGAAAGGUGAUUAUGGUGGGAAAGCACAGUUCUAUUUCCCAUCAAACUACGUCGAAGAGGUCACAGACUCCGCCGCUGCUCAGCAAAAAGACCUUUCUGACGAAGAUAAUCCACUGGGUGACUUGUGUAAAGGUGUGGUGGAUAUUUCCAAGUGCACCGUUGUGCGUUCUGCCCAACACGGCAGGCCUGUGGUGGUGACACUGCAGAAUAAGGACGGUAAAGAAAGCACAAUGCCGUUCCACUUGGCCACCGAGACCACAGAGGAGCUGUUUGAAUGGUACAAGGUGGCCUGGGACAUCACUCAGAGAGAGGGAACCCGUGAGUAUGAGCAAAAGCAGCAGGAGAAGGUGGAGAUCAGAGGUGAUGUGGCCAAAGAAAUGUCUGAUCUGGUGGUGUACUGUCAGCCUCGCAGCAAAGACAAGGAUCGUUUAGACAAUUUCAGCUAUAAAGAGGUCCGCUCCUUUGUGGAGAAUAAGGUUCCCAGCAAGAGCAGGUCGAAGGAAUUCCUGCUGUAUAACCGCAAAGCCCUGAGCCGCAUCUACCCCAAAGGCCAGCGGGUGGAUUCCUCCAACUACGACCCCCAUUUUAUGUGGAUGUGCGGUUGCCAAAUGGUAGCACUCAACUUCCAAACCGCUGAUAAAUGUACUCAGCUGAACUCCGCCCUCUUUAGUCUGAACGGCAGCACAGGAUAUGUCCUACAGCCUGAGCUCAUGCGUGCAGACACCUAUGACCCUCUGCAGGAGAAAAACACGGUCAAAUUCACUCUCUCUGUCAGGGUUUUAGCAGCCAGACAUCUGCCUAAGAUAGGCCGCAGCAUCUCCAACCCCUUUGUGGAGAUCGAGCUGUGUGGCCAAACCGACGACACCUCCAAGUUUAAGACUACAGUCUGCCAUGAUAAUGGGUUGAACCCCGUGUGGCUUGGACCUCACCGGCAGGAUGCAGAGACUGUCACCUUCACUGUCUAUGAACCAAAGCUGAGCUUCCUGCGCUUUGUGGUGUUUGAGGAGGACAUGUUCUCAGACCCCAAUUUUCUUGCUCAGGCUACCUACCCUGUCAUGGGCAUUCGCUCAGGGUAUCGCUCAGUUCCUCUGAAGAACGGCUACAGUGAGAGCCUGGAGCUUGCAUCUCUUCUGGUGUAUGUGGACAUUCAGCAGGUAGAGAAAGCAGAAGAAGAGCUGUACUCCUCCUCCAGCCAGCUGCGAAAAAGACAGGCUGAGCUGUGCAACGAGCUUUUCUUAUACGACACACACUCCGGCCUCCAGCGCGUAGCACCUACAAAUCAACAGAACGACCUCAUGAAAGAGUUCACGUUUAAUGAAAAUCGGCUCCAGGAGAUCAACGAAGCAUGCAGGCAGAAGAUGAAAGAGAAGAAGAUCAACAACAGCAAGUUUUACUCGUGAAGAAGCGCUCAACUCGUCCCCUACCUUCCAUCCCUACACACGCCUUCUAUUUAUACGUCUUCGUCUCCCUGGCUCAGCUGCUCUACUGCUGAAACUCACAGAACAGGCAGAUAAAAGCAGGGAGUUGUGAUAGUUUUGCUUUCCGCUGUGGAAAGUUCAAGGGUGAGAACGCUGGCAGAAGAGACGACCCACAACAGUGAUCAAUGACAUCAGAAGAAAACGCUUUAUCCCGAAGAGCUGGAACUGUGAAGACCGAGAGCUUUUACAUGAAGAAAAGCAGUUUAUCUGAACUCUGUUACUCAAACUAAAAUUCAUAUUUGUUUGCAGUGUAAUAAACAUUUAUUGUUCAUUUAC